UUUUUUUUUUUUUUUUAGAGUUUGUCCAAAAAUGAUGGGCAGCCACCCAAUAUUACCUGUACAUCUUUUCUAACCUGAUCCAACACCCCUAAUAAGAUCUCUCUCUCUCUGCAAAUCUCUCCCCUUUUUCCUCACUUACAUGCUACAGCACAGCAUAUGCCGUAACGCAAAUCUCGCACUUCCAUGUGAAUAUAUAUAUAUAAAAAUACGAAACAUUUGAGUAUAAUGCUAGUCACUCACUCACUUUACUGCAUUUUCAAGUUUUUGUGACGGAAAAAUUCGUUGAAUUUGGGAGAAGUAGAUGCAUUUUUUUGUAUUCUACGGAGAAUUUAUGGAUUUUUUGGCGAAGAUUUGGAGAUUUGUUGGUUUGUAUUGAGUAGAAUGGUAGUUCGUUGAGUCGCUGCACUUUGAAGUACUGUGAUCAAAGAACAAAUGAGUUGAAAUUCAGUUGAAUUUAGGAGAAGCAGAGGCAUUUUUUUUUUCUUGGAUUGUACGGAAGAUUUACAGAUGAGUCAAGUUUGAAUCUGAUUUAACGGAUUUUUUUGGUAAGUUUUGAUGUGAUUAACAAAAAAUCCGAAGAGUUUGAAUCAGAUUUGGAGAAUUGUUGUUUGUAGUGUGUCUACUAACGAAAAUGAAGGCGAAUGUAGCACCAGCUGUGUUGAAUCCUUGUAUCAUAUCUUUAGACCACAAGAGGGAUGCUUAUGGAUUCUCUGUACGGCCUCAGCAUUUACAAAGAUAUCGUGAAUAUUCUAAUAUCUACAAGCAAGAAGAGGAAGAGAGGUCAGAUAGGUGGAGUGACUUUUUGGAACGGCAGACAGAGCCUGCUCAAUUGACUGGGGUGUCUGCAGACGGCAAUUCCAGCAAACCUGAUACUGGAUCCUUGCUGCAGGAGGAAAGCUCCUUUCCGCAGAACGGAGAUGAAAACAAUGUUCAAACUGUUGAAAAGUGUGGUUCUGAGGGUCAUCUUGAAAGUGCAAUAGAGAAGGACGAUACAACAACCUCAGUUGAGAGGAAGACUCGUCAGGCACAAAUAUGGUCGGAGACCAGAUCAACUCUACAUGCCAUUGAGGAUAUGAUGAGCAUUCGUGUAAAAAAGAAGGUAAAUUUGGCCAAAAAUGAGCAAGAUCGUGGUCUGCAGGAGCAUCUUCUUGCAGUUGAAGAGGCUAGUGCCACAACAGGAGAAUCUGAAGAGGACUCAGAAGACGAGUUUUAUGAUUUAGAAAGAUCAGAAUCUAUGGAAAGAUUUGAAGUGGGUUCCAUGCGAGAUGUUCCUCUAAAUGAAAAUAUUAGUCAUUUGGAUACUAAAUAUCACGAGUCUUUACCGCCUUGGAAAGAAGAACUGGAAUGUCUUGUUCAAGGUGGAGUACCCAUGGCUCUCAGGGGUGAGCUUUGGCAAGCCUUUGUGGGCGUGAAGGCACGCAGAGUGGAGAACUAUUACCAGGAUUUGCUUGCUUUAGGUACUAACCCUGGUAAUAAUGCAGAGGAUAAAAGUACUGUGAACCCGAUCAUAGAUACUGCAUGUCUUCCCGAAAAUUGGAGAGGGCAGAUUGAGAAGGAUCUACCCCGAACAUUUCCUGGACAUCCAGCUCUAGAUGAGGAUGGGAGAAAUGCCUUAAGACGUUUACUUACUGCCUAUGCUCGGCAUAAUCCCUGUGUCGGCUAUUGUCAGGCCAUGAAUUUUUUUGCUGGUCUGCUAUUGCUUCUAAUGCCCGAGGAAAAUGCAUUUUGGACUCUAGUGGGGAUUCUAGAUAAUUAUUUUGAUGGCUAUUACUCAGAGGAGAUGAUAGAGUGUCAGGUUGACCAACUUGUUCUUGAGGUGUUGGUGCGGGAGAAAUUUCCAAAAAUGGUUAAUCAUCUUGAUUACCUGGGAGUUCAGGUAGCAUGGGUUACUGGACCGUGGUUCCUCUCCAUAUUUAUGAACAUGCUUCCCUGGGAAAGUGUCCUUAGGGUCUGGGAUGUACUUCUGUUUGAAGGAAACCGAGUGAUGUUAUUCCGCACUGCACUUGCUUUGAUGGAGCUUUAUGGACCUGCAUUAGUUACCACAAAAGACGCAGGGGAUGCAGUUACCCUGCUGCAGUCACUAACUGGCUCCACAUUUGAUAGCAGUCAACUGGUGCUGACAGCCUGCAUGGGCUAUCAAAAUGUUAAUGAAGCUCGAUUAGAAGAACUAAGAAAUAAGCAUCGACCGGCUGUGAAGGCUGCUGUGGAAGAGAGGUUCAAAGGACUUCAAGUUUGGAGGGACUGUCAAGGUUUAGCUUCUAAACUCUCCAGUUUUGAGCAUGACCCUGGAUCUGUAAUUGUUGGAACCACUGAAACAGAUAAAAAAGCUGACGAAGUAAUGAAUGGUGAUGCAUCUCCAUCUGAUACUGCAUCUGGGGAUGAACUAACGAGCCUUUAUGGUAAUGCGGAAACAGAUACUGCUCCAGACCUCCAUGAACAGGUGGUGUGGCUGAAGGUUGAGUUGUCCAAGUUGCUGGAGGAGAAAAAAUCUGCUGAACUCAGAGCUGAGGAGUUGGAAACAGCAUUGAUGGAGAUGGUCAAGCAGGAUAACAGGCGGCAGUUGAGCGCACGGGUUGAGCAUUUAGAAAGACAAGUUGAUGAGCUUCGAGGUGCCCUUGUUGCUAAGCAAGAACAAGAGAAUGCCAUGCUUCAGGUCUUGAUGAGGGUGGAGCAAGAACAGAGGAUAACAGAAGAUGCUCGUAUAUUUGCUGAACAAGAAGCAGCAGCUCAAAGACAUGCCUCUCAAGUGCUACAGGAGAAAUAUGAAGAAGCCAUUGCUUCCCUCGCUGAGAAGGAAAAGAGGGUGGUUAUGGCAGAAUCAAUGUUGGAAGCUACCUUACAGUACCAAUCUGGACAAGAGAAAGUACUACCUUCUCCUAGAUCUACGUCUCAAGUUUCAUCCCCUGUAGGGGGCAACCAACAAUCAUCACUAGAGAUACCUGCUAGAAAGAUCAGUCUGCUCUCAAGACCGUUUGGACUUGGCUGGCGUGACAACAGCAAGGGAAAGCCGGUCGAGGAGGUUAAUGACACCAUAACUGUGAAUGAGGAGCAGAAGGAAAUGAAUGGCCAUAAGUUGGAGGAGAAAAUGCAAGAGGCCUAAAGAUGCAUAUUUAUAUGAUACCAAAUUUGAAAUGCCAUUGAUAUUGAUUAUUAUAAUAGAGGUGAUAAUUUUUGUAUUGAGUUGGUGGACAAUAAUCAGUAAAAUGGUGUAAAGCAAAAGGGCUUUUGGUUAACUGUAUUUGUAUAAUCAUUCUCAAUCUUGUGUAUUAGGAUGGUUGGUCGAUAGCGAAAGCAAAACUUCUCACA